CCGGCCUCGAUCACAUCAUGGCUUCGCUCUUGCUUCCAACCAUCCUCGCGCCUGGGAAAAGUCAACCUCCGCUGAUACUUCUGCAAUCUACUCCGCAUGCGUCCGCACUGCCUCUCCUGCGCGCCAUCCUACGGCCUGCCCAGAGCAAGGGCUCGUUGAAGUCGUCCGCGAAGCGCAAGACGAUAGUGUUCUGCUUGCUGCACUCUCCUUCCGCGCUUCUCAGUGAUGCAAGCAUGGAUGAAGACAUCGAAAUGCACGAUCUACUGGACAAUAUUCCCGGCUACGGCGACUACAAAGACGCAAGAGAGGCGAUCAAGGCGGCGUUGCAUGAUACCCGUCCCACUACACUUGUCAUCGAUUCCAUCGAAACGCUGCUGGGUGAUAACGGAAGUGUGUCCUCGACUAGCAGCUUCUUGAUGGAGCUGGUAAAGAAGUCUGCCCUGUCGAACGGAGAGCUGACUCUGGUCUUACAUACCACGGAGUCUAGCGCCUCACCAUUGAUAUCAUCUCUCUUACACAUGUCUCUCCCUCAUCUCAAGAACGUUGUGCACGUAUUGGCGCAUUCUCCGGGACUCGUUGCUCACAUCGCCGCUGAGUACGGCACGCCGCCACCUCCUGUCGGUGGCGAGGAACGCUUCUGGGGCGUAUGGCUACCAGUAAGCGCAAGGCAAUCUACAAUAGACCUCGCAACAGAGGUGGACGAUAUUGCUGAGGACGAGAUUAUCGUCGAGAUCUUAUCUCGCAGCGCCGCCCGGAGAAGAGUUGUGGAGCGACGCCUUGAGGGCUGGAGUGAGGGCGCGCCGCGCGAGUUGGUCCAGCUGCGCAGUCUCAGGAGGAUACUCCGUGGGAAGAGCAAGGCGCCCGAAGAAGCGCCGACAAGUGGACUCCCACCGGACAUGGACGUCUCCUUCAACCUUGCCCUCUCAGAAGCUCAUCAGCAGGCGCGUGCGCAAGUGCCCUUGCCCUACGCCCAUGAAGGCCAACUGCAAACGUCGAGCACGGGUGCCAUCCUAUACGACCCAGACUCGGCGGACGACAUAGAUGAUGAUGAUCCUGAUGAGGACCUGGAUAUAUGACAGGCGGCUGGAUCUGUAAGCGCUGCACAUAUAAUCGACUUGACUCCUUCAGGAAAUACAGUACUGCGGCGUACUCACAUCGAGAAUGCUGGUCACUGCCACUUGAAUUUCUGCCUGAGUGCUCC